AUGUUAGUAUAUCCUGGAAUCCAAGAAAUGCAUAUUAUAUUAGCAUCUCCUUACGUCAACAAGGUUUCACAAAUUCAAAAGAUUCUCCCUAUCUGUAUCCUAUCUGAUUUCUCCGAACUAUUUGGUUAUAACAACACCGCCUCUUGUGCUCCUCGUUUUCGGAGGAUUCCUUACCUAAUGUGGCCAGAGAAGAAGAGGACUAAUGCAUGGCAAUGGCAAGAGCAGGAAACCACAGAUUUAGCCGGGGAAAAGCGUCCAAUGGAGUUGAAAAAGAUCGAGGAACCGCUACCUAAACGGAUGAAGUCCUCCUCUGACGAUACAACAAAUGAGUGGCUUUCUGAGUUCAAACCAAUGGGUUUGAAGCUACACAAGAGUCCAUCAUUUUUGGAGCUAAUUGAAAAGGAACUUAACGAAGUUAAUAAGAAUGAUGAUUCUUUGCCCAGUGAAAAUCUUCAAGUGGGAAACAAGAAGGAUGUUAAGACCAAAGUUGGGACAUCAGAUUCGAUUGAUAAAUUAAAGGCCUCUAAUUUUCCAGCUUUACGUUUAAAAAUUGGAAAUUGGGAGUAUGUGUCACAACAUGAAGGUGACUUAGUGGCCAAGUGUUAUUUUGCGAAGCAUAAGCUUGUAUGGGAAGUUCUUGAUGGUGGUCUAAAGAAUAAAAUAGAAAUCCAAUGGGAAGAUAUUCUCAGUCUGAAGGCAAACUUUCCAGAGAAUGGUCCUGGCACUUUGACUGUUUUGCCGCUUUUCUUCAGAGAGACCAAUCCACUGCCUAGAAAACACACCAUUUGGCAGGCAACAUCUGACUUUACUGGUGGAGAAGCAAGCAGAUCUAGCAAGAAACAUUAUCUACAAUGUGCACAAGGUGUUCUAAAUAAGCAUUAUGAAAAGUUGAUUCAUUGUGAUACACGGCUUAAUUUUCUUAGCCAACAGUUUGACACAGUUUUGGACAAGCCGUUUCAAGAAGCUUUCAUCGAGGCUCCAAAUAUAUCACAUGACAUUGUUUCUAACAGACUAGAAAUUUUUAAAGUUCCAUCUGUGGUAGAUAUCAAUGGCAUUGUUUUGCAACCAACUUCACAAUGUCAGCUUCUUGGGGAUGCCAACUUUGCCCAGGAAGAUGUAUGGAAGAACAACAUAAAUGGUUGGCAAGAUAGAAUUUACUAUUCUAGCCACGAGGGCAUGAUUUCUUUGUCAACUUCAGAAUGUCUUCUUCAGGAUGCAAACACUACCCAGAAAGAUACCAUGGAGGAUCAUGUAUACGGUUGGCAGAAAAAUACCAUGGAGGAUCAAGUAAAUGGUUGGCAGAAAGCUACCAUGGAUGAUCUUGUAUAUGGUUGGCAAGAUGGAAAUAAUCAUUCUAAUCUUAUUUGUAAUAUACCUUCUAAUAAUUAUUGGAUGAAACAAGGAUGGGAAGAGGAAUUUGGGAAUGUUUCUGGAUAUAAACAAGAUUUCGGUAUGUCAAGGAAAGGCUCGUUUACGGAUUUGCUGUUAUCGCUUCCCCCGGGGUUUUCAUUUGAUGUCUUUGAUGAUGACAAGAUCCUGUAA